AUGGCUGCGGGACCAGAGCCGCCUAAGGAAUUAAUGGAUGCUCCAGAUGCCAUCCAGGAGGCACUACAACCCGAUUUACCCAUGCUGAGUGGAGACCUGAAGGCGCCAGCAACCAGAGGAGAUAUAGUGAACCUCCUGAGCAACUUCAGAUCCUACUUCCGUGCAGACCUGGCGGUGCUGCAAGAAGAGGUGAUGGCCUUUACGAAUUGGGUUAAAAUGGUGGAGGAAGAUGUCUCUCUCCUUGCACAACGCCAAACGGGCACAGUGGAGGAGAUGCAAGUCAUACAGGCCUUCCACUAG